AUGUCUGCGCUUGAUCCGGGAGCAUCUUCAAUCACCGUCUCAGUUCGAGUGCGUCCUUUCACUAUUAGAGAAGCCGCCCAAUUAGUGAGAAAUGAUGAUGGCACACUCUUCCUGGGCGACGGCUCGCUGGCCGCGGCGCCAACCCCUAAGCUGCAUCAGCGAGGCAUUCGAAACAUCGUCAAAGUAGUUGACCACCGAUGCCUCGUCUUCGAUCCUCCCGAAGACAACCCUAUCCAGAAGUUCUCCCGAUCUGUCGUGCCCGCCUCAGGGAAGAGGGUCAAGGACCAAGUCUUUGCCUUCGACCGAGUCUUCGACGAAAAUGUCACCCAAGCCGAAGUCUACGAAGCAACCACAAAGAGCCUGCUGGAUAGCGUUUUGGACGGAUACAACGCCACAGUUUUUGCAUACGGAGCGACAGGGUGCGGAAAGACACAUACAAUUACUGGCACGGCUGCACAGCCCGGCAUCAUCUUCAUGACCAUGCAAGAAUUGUUCGAGAAAAUUGCCGACCGGAGCGAGGAGAAGGCUGCCGAAAUAACUUUGUCAUACCUGGAGAUAUACAAUGAGACAAUCCGCGACUUGUUGGUUCCAGGGGGCAGCAAGCAGGGACUCAUGCUCCGAGAAGAUUCGAAUCAAGCCGUUACGGUGUCCGGGCUGACAACGCACCAUCCCAAGGAUGUCCAGGAAGUUAUGGACAUGAUCGUCCAGGGAAACGAAUACCGAACAGUGUCUCCGACAGCAGCCAACGAGACGUCAUCGCGUUCUCAUGCUGUGCUGCAGAUCAACGUGGCACAAAAAGACCGCAACGCUUCCGUCAAUGAGCCACAUACGAUGGCAACCCUGAGCAUAAUCGACCUUGCUGGCAGCGAACGAGCCAGUGCCACAAAGAAUAGGGGAGAACGAUUGAUGGAAGGAGCCAACAUCAACAAGUCCUUGCUCGCUCUGGGCAGCUGUAUCAACGCCCUUUGUGAUCCCAAGAAGAAGAAUCAUGUUCCUUACCGGAACAGCAAGCUCACCAGGCUGCUCAAGUUCUCGCUCGGUGGCAACUGCAAGACCGUCAUGAUAGUGUGUGUGAGCCCCUCCAGCGAACACUUUGACGAGACUCAGAACACUCUGCGAUACGCCAAUCGAGCCAAAAACAUCCAAACCAAGGUCACCCGAAAUGUGUUUAACGUUAAUCGCCACGUCAAGGAUUUCCUUGUCAAGAUUGAUGAGCAAAUGGAGCAGAUCAAGCAACUGCAGGCGGAGAAAAAGACUGCAGAAGCCACAUCCUUCGCCAAAUUCAAGAAGAAUGUUGAGAAGAGGCAACAGGUCUACCGGGAGGGCGUCCUGCGCAUCCGAACAGCGUAUGAGAACUCGUCAGCCGAGAGGCAAGAGAAAAUCAACACGAUGAAGCAUCUGAAGCUUUUUGAGCGACGAAUUGGUAUGCUUUCCGCCUGGAUCGCUGCUUUCGAUACCAUUUGUGAUAAGCGGGAAGAUGAGGGUAUGCCACCGAACCUGGAGGCGAUGCGCAAGACCGCACAGGGCAUCCUGGUAGAGUUAGAGUCAAGUCGGCAACAUCUCCAUCAGAAAUUGGAACGCUCGAACUGGGAACGGGCCAUCGACUCUGCUUUGCAGCACAGUAUUGUCCAACUUCCAUCAGGCGACGGCAUAGCAGACUGCGGUGAAGCAGCAGGUCUGGCUCGUGAAGCCGAUCUCCUCAAGGCACAGCUCAUGCGGGAGGCAAACCAACAAGUAUUGGAGCAGGAAAAAGGAGCCGAUGCUGCGACCAUACAGUCGCUUCUGACCGCUCAGUUUGAGAUGUUGUCCUGUCUGACCGAGCUUGUGGCGAUGGAGGAGGAAGAUGCUGUCGCACGCGCGAAAGACAUCAUCAAAGGCAUGCUUGAGACGGGCUACUCUGCGGCAUCUCAAGUCAUCAAGCCUGACGGCUCUGUGAUGCCUGCUGAGAUGUUCCCGCCCUCCAAGCGAGGAACGCCCAAGAGAAAGAAAGGAUCCAGCAUCCAUAUCAAGCCCAUUCCCGCACCGGCGCUCGCAGGUGCCCCGCCCACGCCCAUCCGCGAGCAUGGUUCCCCUUUGAAAUCCCCCCGUCGCCGGAAGGCAGUGAAUGCAAAGAAAGGAGUUUCCUUUACACCUGUGAAAAAGAAGUCAACCCCAAAGCGGGUCCUGCGGUGGCGGGACGAAGAGACUUCAGGCACGCUCGCGGACUAUGACAAGACGCCCAAGAAAUUCGACCCGAGUCCCAUCCCACAACACAGGGAGGCUUCUCCAGAUGCGGCUGUGCCUCCCCGGCCAGCAAUGCCGUCAUACCUUCAAAGUGCAGGCGACUCCGGAUCGGACUCGAGCCCCUCACUGGUGGUGCCCAAGACCGCCAGUCUUUCCUUGGCCAAACCCAGCAGGUUCCAGGCAGGUUUCUUGUCCAAAUCUCAACCAUCUCAGGACGACGGGUCACCGCUCUCGGCACCUCCCUCAAUGCGACUGAAUUUAGCCGGUGCGUCAGACAGGAUUUCUCCAUUACGAGCCCUUGAUGUGGACAGAACGGGUAACCACCUUUCUUCUCCACGAUCUACUGGAUCCUUGCGGUCAAGUCCAAAGCCACCCAGACUCACACCGUUGGAUGAAAAUAGCCCUCCCGCUGCGAAUUUCGCCAACGCCUCCUUCUCGCCUGCCGCUUCGAACAGUGACGCCGAGUCGACCACGAAAACGAUCGAUCCGACAAAGCUCCGAACCGCUCUUCACCUCGCCAAGAGAAGAGACCGCCUAUCCUCGAUGGGGAGCACUGCGAGCGCCAACGCGAAGCGUGUCUCUAGCGUCGGUUCCUCAGGUAGCGGCAUCGACAGCAGGCGACGCUCUCUUCAUCGGGUCUCCUCCUCGUACUCCGGACCGCUUGCCUCAUCCACAAAUGGGAUCUCCCGAGACCGAAGACGACGAAGCGGAUCCGGUGAGGGGUUUGGAGCGGGUACCGCAACCUCCGAGCGUCGAAGAAGUCCUCCGAUCAGCUGCGCCGCCUCACCUCCCGCUAAUGGAGGAGCAGCUCGCGCCUUCACCGCUGGCCAGGCCAGACGAAUGAACAUGGGCGGCAGCAUGAGGCUGGAGGGGAUGGUCAGUCCGAGAGGGGUUGCGGCCAAAUCGUCGGCAGCGGCGCAGGCGAGGCUCGAUAGUAAGGCUAGGAGGAUUACCAUCGGCAGCGCUGCUGGCAUGCCAGGCGGAGCGGGGACGUCGAAGCGACCGAGUGUAGUGUGGCGAUAG